UAAUUCUGGCAUGUAAUCAUCCAAUCCAGCAGGAGCUUAAUUGUAAUAACAAUUGGAAAUUUUGUAAAAAGGAUUUGAAUAACUUGUUCAAAGAGUUCCAGAAACUAUCCAUUUAUCUUGUUUAUCCUAAAACAGCAAAGAUGUCAAUAGAUAUUCAGAUUGUAAUUUGUUAAAUUAAUGCAAGGCAUGAUGAAAAGAAGUAAGAGAGUAGAUAAAGAGAUGAGAUUAUUUGAUUUCAAGAUGGUCUUCAUGGGAAAUCAAUUUGAAAAAUGCAUUUAAUCAGGCGACACUGAUAAAUGUGUAGAAUCAGCUAAAACAGAUGUCUAGAGAUAUAUCAAUGAAUUCCAAAAAAAUAUAAAUUGA